CACUGUGUCCCUCAUGAAAACAGGUCCCUCUAGAAACUCUGGGCAGCAGCACUUUGGUUCCCACAUACGAACAUGGCGUCCGCAGUGCUGAAGGUUGCAGCUGGCCUCUCCAGAUGCUCUCGAGUCACACUAGUGAGGGCACUCUCAACCACUGCGGCGCUUCAUCAGGGAGUUCCCGGGUCUGUGUGGAAACUGGGGAGGCUCAACCACAUUGCCAUUGCUGUUCCUGAUAUAGAGAAGGCUACAGCUCUGUACCGAGACGUGCUGGGAGCCACAGUGAGCGACAAGGUGCCCCUGCCUGAGCAUGGCGUCUACACAGUGUUUGUAGAGCUGGGAAACACCAAGCUGGAGCUGCUCCAUCCUCUCGGGGAGAAGAGCCCCAUAUCUGGCUUCUUACAGAAGAACAAGUCUGGAGGGAUGCACCACAUCUGCAUUGAGGUGGACGACAUAAACGCUGCGAUUUCUGACCUGAAAGCCAAGAACAUCAGGACUCUCUCCGCUGAGCCCAGGAUAGGUGCUCAUGGGAAACCUGUCAUGUUCCUUCACCCUAAAGAUUGUGACGGUGUGCUGGUGGAGCUCGAAGAGGCCUGAGCCUGACCACAGCUGGCUCCUGAUCAACUCGGUGCUGAGCGCAGCUCUUUCCGUUCUCCAUAAAAAAAUAAUUUAAAAAAAAAGAAGUUCCUGUGGCUUCGUGCCAAUGUUGUUUUUGACAAUUUUACCUGGUAAAUAAAUUUUUCUGUGAUGUGUUUUUCUCAUAGAUUGUAUUGAGUGAACACCUGUGAGCAUUUGAGUUUCCUCUCAGUGUGUAUUUGCAUACAUGAGUUCAAUUUGCUGUGAUCUCCUAAAACAAAAACAAAAAAAA